UUUGCACUGUUUUUGAGAUUGUAGCUACCCCGCACGCGCCGUUGCCAAAGGACACAGAGGAUAUAAUCGAAGAGUCCACACGGCCGCUGGAGAAUAUUCCCGAUGCCAUGGGCCGGUCGCACGUACAAAAGGGCCUGAACAACAAUUCUCUCGAGAUAAUGUCAUGGAACCUCAUGGAGCUGGUGACAGCAGAGAACGAAUAUAAUCAGCACAUACGCCGCUUUUUGAGCAUACUCCUGGGCGAUGAUCCCGAAACUGCAGACUUGGAGCUCAUUGACAGCAACAGCUUGCAAGAGCUGGUUCAGGAGUCGUUAUCUUGCAGCGACGAGUUUUUGCAUCGCAUAUCGGAGUCGCGGGACAAGGUUGCCUUUACGAUUGAGCAGAGGACACAGCUGAAGCACCAGCUUGAUAAGGCAGCAGCAAGGCGAGACUGAUGCUCGGCCCCUCGCACAUUAUCCACACAAACAUGUAAAAACAAUAAAAUAAAC